AUGAGCGAGUCACCAGUCUCUUAUCAUCGAUCAAACUCAACAAUACCAGAGGAUAGUCAGCUGACAACGUUUGCACCGUAUGUCCAGGCAUUUUUGACACAAACAUCAAGACGUUAUACAUGCUGUAAUGUGAUGUUGCCAUUAGCAUUCGAACGUGCCGCCGGCAAUUCCUUUGUGAAUCCAAAAUUUGAUUCUCAGGUACUCGAGGAGCAGUACCAAAUAUCGAUAUUUCCACAAAUAAGAUUAAGAUUUCGAUUUGCCUUACUUUACAUAAUAUGCAUGACGAUCAUAUGGCUGUUUUAUUUUACCAUUCGAGGCAAAGAGUUCGGAACACCACUCAACUACACACUUGGAUUUUUGAUAAUGAUAUCAUUAAUUGCCAUUUAUAUAACAUUCACAAAUUUCUACCGAAUAUAUAUGAUGAUGUUUUCAGGUGCAUAUGCACUUCUGUUUAUAGUCACAUGUUUAUCAUGGCUCUAUUAUGCUGGAUCAUCAUUAAGCAUUCUCGGAAACUUCUCAAUAUGUGUCAUCUGUAUCAUUUGUAUUUACACAGUCAUUCCACUACGACUAUAUUUGUGCUUCAUUGUAGCUUCAAUAUAUUCAAUAUUAUUUGAAAUAAUUACCUAUACGAUAAAGGAUAAAUCCUAUUAUCAAGAAACGUCUGGAUUUCAUGAUAUAAGAAUAUAUAAAAUAAUAAUGAUUCGAGUUAUGCUUCACAUCUGCGUUCAUAUUAUCUCCUUUCAUAUGCUAUUAAUGUCGUCGGUUCGAAUGCGUGGGACAUUUAUAAAAGUUGGACAGAAUCUUCUCGUCCGACGACAAUUGGAACUUGAAAAGCAAUUGAAAGAAAAGAUGAUAACAAGUAUGAUGCCAAAAGUUGUCGCUGAUUUGCUUCUAAAAGAGACAACGAAUCAUAAUGAAUAUGAUCCAUCAAUGACUGCCAUUUCACAUAAUCGACAUCAUCAUCCUCGAACAUCCGACUUUAAUUUAAAGUCAAUGUUUCGACCUUUUCAUAUGCAUAGCAUGAAGAAUGUAUCGAUUCUAUUUGCCGACAUUGUUGGCUUCACUCAAAUGUCAAGUACAAAGACAGCUGAACAAUUAGUCGAAAUAUUGAAUGAUCUCUUUGAACGAUUCGAUAGAUUAUGUGGCAUCUAUGGAUGUGAAAAAAUAUCGACACUUGGAGACUGCUAUUAUUGUGUUAGCGGAUGUCCGAAUGCACGGGAAGAUCAUGCAAUUUGCUGUGUGGAAAUGGGUCUGGGAAUGAUUGACACAAUGAAAAUUUUUGAUGCUGAACGUCAUGAAGGUAUCAAGAUGAGAGUUGGUAUACAUACGGGAAACGUUUUAUGUGGAAUUGUCGGUACGAAACGAGUAAAAUUUGAUGUUUGGUCGAAUGACGUGAGUUUUGCAAAUAAAAUGGAAAGCACCGGAAAUCCAGAUCUCGUGCACAUUUCUGAGGAAACGAAAAAGUUUCUCGAUGACUCUUACAUUUUUCGUGAAUCGGAAGAUGUGGAUGGACAUAAGACAUAUUUUAUAUUAGCAAAAAAAGUAUUGAUAAAUAGCCCAUCUUUUGAUCAUGGCACGGCAACUAAACCAAAUGAACUUCAAGUAUUACGUAAUAAUAAUCAUAAUAAGCAUAAAAAUCUAUCGACAAAUGACAUUCCAUCAAUCACACCUCAAUCGAUGUCACCGUCAUCAUCGACACAUCACUAUCAUACAUCACAAAAUCAACAGAACCACCAAUCUAAAUCACUGAGUCCAUCACCCGUACUAAAUCAAGUAAGAAAACAUCGAUUAGCAUCAAUAAGUGAAACAGUUACAAGAUUUUUAUCGUCCUCGAAACAAAAUCAAAAUUUAAGUCAAGAACAACAGAAAUCACUUCUUGAGAAUCAACAAAGAAAAUGUCCCACGAUUGUAAUAGGAAUUUCUGAAGAGGCUUCCAACCAUAAUAAUAAUAAUAAUAAUAAUACUGAAAUUUUAAUGAUAGACACCAAUUGUAAAGGGACCAACAAUAUUGUUGUUGUUGUUGAAGAAUCUCCAACGACCAAUGAUAAUCUAUCGUGUAGAAAUGCUAUAAAUAUUAAUAAUAAUGACUGUGAUAAUAAACAAAAUAUUAAUGAUAAAUUAGUGCCAUAUAGUAAUAGUAAUAAUUGUAAUGCGACGAAUGGAAGUACCUAUCAGCAAAUUCCUCCAAGAGAACGUGAAAGUAGUCUCACGUCACCCCACAGUGAUAAUGAUUUUUCACAGACUCUAACAAAUGGUAUUGAGGAAGAAGUUGAUGAUUUGAGUCUUAAUAUCACUGAUUUGAGAUCAUAUAUAUCACAAUCAAGAUGCGAUGUUUCGCCAUUUAGUCGAACUGGAAGUAAUCGAUCCGACAGGACUCAAAAUCAACAACCUAAUAACUUUUCAAAUCAUCAUAAUCAUCAUCAUCGAUCGUUUAGUCAACAAAGUAAUUCAUUAUCACCAUGGUAUCCGCCUCAAGAAUUCUCAUCGCCAAGUCGAAAAGAUUCAGGUAUUAGGAGCAACAGCCGUAGAUCAAGUAUACAACAACAACUUAAUAAUUGUAAAAAUUGCCUGACAACUAAUCGUGUUUCAGGAUAUUUCACAAGUUCACAAUCAAGUCUCGCACCAGGCAACGACUCAUCAACAAUGGAUGAUGCAUUCAUGAUGAAGCAUUUACCAUCGCCGGCUACGGGUAGUUUUCAAGGUCAGCCUGGAAAUGACACUUUAAAAGCAUGUGUACAACAUUUAAGAAAACAAUCGGAUUUACAAUUGAUAAAAUGUGUUCGCGAUAAUGCACGUUCACAAAGAAGCUAUUUAGUAAAGCCACCGAUAAGGAAGUUUUCAUUAUCAUUCGAGAAUCCAUUGAUGGAAAAAACGUUUCGAAACAAAGCACAUAGAUACGAGUGCGAAAGUGAGAUGACUUCAUCGACAACGUUGGCAACGCCAAAAUUCAAUACGUUCAUUGACGUUUUCAUUCUGACGAUAAUUUUUUCUACGAUUGCUCUUUCAUUAUUCUUACUAUCCCCAUCGAUUUAUUCGAAGGAAUACAAAGUGUGGGUUUGCUGUUUUGUUUGCUUUAGUUCAUUGAUCCUCACUGUCUUGUUUCUAUGUACAAAGCAAGUUCUCCGUAGACCGAGACGAUCACGCAACUUUAAUUCCAUUUUUGGAUGGGCCUCAAAGUAUUAUCCAUGGAAUUUCUUUGGCAGCAUUUUAAUCUCCUUGCCAGUUGCAUCGAUUCUUGUUAAUUUUGCUCUGGUCGACAUCAAUAAAUUUCCAACAAUUCAAUUCUAUUAUGGAUUGAUGCUGUUUGUUUGCCUAAUUCAUUUUUGCAAUUUUAUUCAAUUAAAUUGUUGGACAAAGAACAUUCUAGCAUUAAUAUCUGGAAUGUUGUUCAUUAUGAUAGGCUAUGAUCAUCGAGAAGUUUCAAUAUCAAUGAAUGAAGAUUAUCAAAAAGAUUGGGUAAAGAGUUUUGCAACUAAAAAUGUAACAUCCAGUAAUUCUGCAUGGUUUAAAAAUUACGAAGUUGAAUUAUGUCUAGAUCUCGUACUUGUGCUUAUUCUUGUAUUCUUAUUAAAUCGUGAAUUUGAAAUUGGAUAUCGCCUAAGUUUUUAUGGUAAUGAGGUUGCAAAUUCAGACAAAAUAAAAGUGCAACACAUGAAGAAUCAAGCAGACAUGCUGUUACACAACAUCAUACCCAAGCAUGUAGCCGAAGAGUUGAAAAAUACAGCUAAAUAUUCAAAGAAUCACCAAGAUGUUGGCAUCUUAUUCGCAAGCAUUGUGAAUUUCAAUGAGAUGUACGAUGAGUCUUAUUUGGGCGGUAAAGAAUAUUUGCGUGUUCUCAAUGAACUUAUUGGAGACUUUGACGAGCUCCUAUUGCGCGAUGAAUUCAAAUGCAUUGAGAAAAUAAAGACAAUAGGAUCAACGUACAUGUGUGCAUCGGGACUAGAUGAGAUGUACCGAAAUGAUUCAUAUGAACAUCUUAAUGCACUUCUCGAUUUUGCUGUGGCAAUGCAAAAUGCUUUAGAAUGCUUUAAUCGUGAUUUAUUAGAAUUUAAUCUCGUCCUUCGCAUAGGAUUCAAUUUUGGCGAAGUAACUGCCGGUGUUAUAGGAACAACGAAGCUUUAUUAUGAUAUAUGGGGCGAUGCAGUAAAUGUGGCAUCUAGAAUGGAUUCGACGGGAGUUCCCGGAAAAAUUCAAUUGAGACAAGAGUGCAUAUCAAUAUUUCAAGACUUGUAUGAGUUUGAGCUACGCGGGAAGGUCUAUGUGAAAGGAAAAGAUAUGAUGGAAGUGUGUCUACUAAAAAAGAAGAAAGAAGAGACAUUGGAAAUAUUUCAAGAUCAUCAGCUCACAAUUUAA